UGUCAGUGUGUUUACUUCAUACUUCUGAGUUAUGACUCCAAAAGAGAACGAGAGCUUCAGGGGGCUCCUCCCCCCUGACAGAGGGACAAACACACACUGCUGUUGACACGAGGUGGGACACACACUCGUCUUUGUGCGCUGCGGCGUUAAGAUCAGAGGAGGUGAGACCGGACGACACAAAGCGCUGACCCUUCACCUUUGGACCUGAUAGUACCUGUUUCAUCAUGUCAGCCUCACUGAACACCUGAAACAGAGUCCUCAGAGAAACCAAAUGAAGACGGCAUCCUCGUCCUCCUGCUGCUCGUCUUGCAUCAGUCUGAAGGAUCGAUGUCCUCGACCGCGGGGCCUCGUCAACCUGCUCAUCACUAAAGUGUGUCUCUUCGCUCUGCUCUUCGGGGUCGUCUGGUCCAUCACAGGAAGUCAGUGUUUACCUGGAGGGAACCUGUUCGGCAUUGUCAUCCUCUUCAUCUGCUCCGUGCUGGGGGGGAAGCUGGUGGGAAUGAUCCAACUGCCCACGCUGCCCCCCUUCCCCCCACUACUUGGGAUGCUGCUCGCCGGUCUGCUGCUCAGAAACGUUCCCUACAUCACGGACGCCGUCUUCAUCGACACCCACUGGUCCUCAGCCCUGAGGAACAUCGCCCUGUCAAUCAUUCUGACCAGAGCCGGACUGGGUCUGAACCCCUCUGCUCUGAGUCGUCUGAAGGCGGUGUGUGUGCGUCUCGCCGUUGGUCCCUGCAUGGUGGAGGCCUGCGUCAUCGCUAUAGUUUCACACUUCCUGCUUGGUCUGCCCUGGGUGUGGGGCUUCAUCCUGGGUUUUGUUCUCGCUGCAGUGUCUCCAGCUGUCGUUGUCCCGUCCAUGUUGCUCCUGCAGAAAGAAGGAUACGGAGUGGAAAAGGGGAUCCCCACCCUGCUGAUGGCUGCUGGGAGUUUUGAUGAUAUUCUGGCCAUCACAGGAUUCUCCACCUGCCUGGGGAUCGCCUUCUCUACAGGUGCGACGUGGAUGAACAUCCUGAAGGGUCUCCUGGAGGUGGUGGGAGGGGUCAUGGCCGGGCUGAUCCUGGGUCUGUUCUUGUGCCUCUUCCCCAGCAGUGACCAGGAGGACCUGGUCCUGAGGCGGACCCUCGUUUUGUUGGGUCUGUCCAUAUUCUCCGUCUUCUUCAGUCACGUCGUUGGUUUCGCUGGAGCCGGUGGACUCUGCACGCUGGUGUUGGCCUUUCUCGCCGCUCUGGGCUGGAAGUCGGACAAGGCUCCGGUGGCGGCCAUGGUGGGCCGCUCCUGGGACGUGUUCCAGCCGCUCCUCUUCGGUCUGAUCGGCGCAGAGAUCACCAUAGCGAAGCUGAACCCCAGCACCGUGGGUCUUGGUUUGGCCUGCAUCGCUAUCGGUCUGGUGAUCCGCCUGCUCGUCACCUUCCUGCUGGUUCACUUUGGAGGAUUCACCCUGAAGGAGAAACUCUUCAUAUCUGUGGCCUGGCUGCCGAAGGCCACCGUGCAGGCUGCCAUCGGCUCGAAGGCGUUGGACAUGGCGAGGGACGAGGCGUUGGACAAGACGUUAAUCAAGUUUGGCCUGGACGUGCUAACGUUAGCGGUGUUAGCCAUCCUGACCACGGCUCCCAUCGGGGCGCUGGGUAUAGGCCUGGCAGGACCACGCCUCCUGGCUCGACAGGUCAAAGACGACACAGAAGGCGGAGCCACGACUCAGAGCAGCGCCGGGACCAAUCAAGAAAAAGACAACAUGACUCUUGAGAGCAAACUCUGAGGCUUCUUACACACAUAUGAUAAGUGAAGCUACGGAAGCCCUGAGUGGACACGCAUGCAUAGAUUUUAUUUUGCUCUUGUAGUGUAAUUAACUUAUUAAGACUUUCCUCGUGCCACAGGAAAAAUGAACUUUAACUGUAUAAGUUAAUUAAUUAUUCAGUCUCAUAUCAGAAUGUCAGUAAGUUCUCUAGGAUCACUUCAAUCAUUAAAUAAAAAUAAGUUCUAAAUGAUUACAUGUGAUUUUAUUACAGGAAUCGUGAACAAUAAUGUAGAUUAAUAAAGUAAAUAUCAAAGAUUAUAAUUUGUAUGACUUUAAAGUUAAUUUCUUCCUUUAACAGGAAGUGGUGCCCCGAGGAAUAAUUAGAAUAUAUCAUCUUAAUAAGUUAAUUACGCUACGCUCUGCUUGGCAGCGUUAACGAGUUUUAAGAUCUCCACUUAUUCAUCUCGUUAUCUGAGAACAUCAUCGCUGGUUUUCUUGUUGACUUGUUUAAAGAUCUGCCUGUGUGUCCUCUUAGGGCUUCCAUACAAACCUUGUGUUGUUACAGAUCUGUUUUCAUAUCUCUGCCGUGUAUUUCUUUUUCUGCUUCUGUAAGCUAUUGCUAGCUCUUAGCCGCUUCUGUCACACGUCCUCUAAUGUUCAGGUUUUUCUUACUCUAUUGUAAGCGACAGGACUUCAUUUAUGUCAUAUACAAAAAUGUACAAUUAAGAACGUGGAAUCACCCCGGGUACAAUGUGUACUGUAUAUAGAAAGAGAAAAACUGUUUAUAAUACGGCUGUAAACAUGUUUGUUUCUGCUGGGACCAAAUGUGGAUUGACUCACUUCUGCAGCCAGCCUCUAGUGGACACUCGGGGAACUGCAGAUUUUACAUUGGCUUAGCAUUUUUCAGGUUGCCGUCUGGUGAAACCUCCAAACAUUGUUUUGUAGUGUUAGUAUUGUGUUUGUUGAUUUGCUGUACUGUGAGCUGCGGAGCCAGGUUACACAAUGUGAACGUGAUGGUCUGUAGAGGGGUUAGCUCGCUAAUGUUAGCGUAGCAUGUUUUUCAUCUGUGCCUUAAAUGAAAAAACCUCAUAAACACAAUAAAAGAGACACAAACA